AUGAACAAAGGGGCAUUUUUGAGAGAAGCUUGGGAUGUCAUGCUUAUGUAUACUCAGACAGACAUGAUUGCUUGCUGCAAUUCUGGAUAUGAAAGACGAAGUUCAACCGAGAGAAUCAUCCUAGUUACAAAAUCAUCUUACUCGCGUGACCUUUCCUAUUAUGUUGGAAAGACAGAAUUCAACAAAGUUGAAAUCAGUCCUCCCAUGUGA